CAACUCAUUUGUCAAGGAUAACACAAAGUUAAAAAAACUCAUUUCCAUUAUGGUCCUUGUUGAUAUUAUGCAACAUUGAUGACAUUGAUAGUCAAUGGCCUUUACAUAGUCUACUAUAUCUACAUGUAUAAAAAAAAAAUUACAAAUGCAAUACAAUACCACAUAAUGUAACUAUACAUGUACACAAUUUUUAAGAAAACUUUCAACUUCAAACUUCAACUUUCUCUCUACAACUAAUAUUUGUUAUAAUAAACUCGAGUUAGCGAUUUUGAUUUUUUAUUUUUAUCCUUUAAUUUAAGAUUAAGAUUCAUUUAUGAUAGAAGCGAUAAUAUAAUAUAGAUAGUGUCAGAAUAAACAUCAAACGCAUGUCAUCGUUGUCAAUUGAGGUUUGGCCAAUAACGGAUAAGCUAUGUCAUCAUCAGUCUGAUUUGGGUUAGACUUUGAGUAGACUUUGCUUAAAAAACAACAACAACAAAAACCAAAAAACAACAACAACAGAAGAGUGCCUUUGUAACCAGGGAUUGAGGUGCUUCUUGGUCAUGAUGGCGUCCUUAAGAAAGUACUGUGAGAAAGAGACAUUUCAAAUGGCCUUUCAUUCUUGGCUUUGCUUAGUGUUUGCUUUAGUAAAAGCUUAUUGAAGCUUUUCCACUCUGGUGCAUUUUUGGGAUGCCGCCUUCUAUUUUUUUACACUCAAAUUUAAAAGCUCACCAUUUACACAUACUGUGGACUAAUUGCCAGAAAUGUAAAUAUUAUUGUAUAUGUUUACAAUCUUCUGAUGAAUUGUAAGCAUGUAAUUUUGGUUUUGUUCACACAAUCUCCCUCCAAAAAAUCUUAUUUUAUUCCACAUUUUAUUUUCCUCUAUCACCUUCCAUAACAAAAUGCAGAUCUGAAAUAUAUGUACAUUCAGUCUAAUUUCACUGUCAUAUAGCCAGAUAAUGAUGUCCUCAGAGUACUUCUGGGACUGAAACUAUUGUUAUGUUCCAAGACAAUGAUGAAAGAGUCUGAGAAAUUGGUGGAGGAGGCUUUGAAUGGGUCUCCAGAACAUCCACAUGUCAUGAGAUAUGUUGGUAUAUUCUUCAGGGAUCAAGGGUCUAUAGACAGGUCGGUUGCACUGCUGAAGAAAGCACUUGAAAGCUCACCCAAUUCAUGCUUUACACACCAUCAGUUAGCAUUGUGCUUCAAGAACAAGAAAAUGAAUUUACAGAGAGAAAGACGUGACACUGAGGUUGUAGAUGAGGCUCGUGAUAAAAGCAUCUACCAUUUGGAAAAAGCAACCUCCAUAAAAGCUUCCUUUAUUAUUGCAAUGAGUGAGCUGGCACUUCAAUAUGCAGAGAGAGGUGAUCUGUACAUGGCAGAGGGACUUUUUGAAACAACAUUUAAGACGGCUACAGAGACAAAUGACCAUCUGCAUGUAGUCCAUUUCCACUAUGCUCAGUUCCAGCAGUAUAGUAUCAGGCGUGAGGAUUUAGCAAUCCAGCACUACAAGGAGUGUUUGGCAAUAGGUCCUCAUACUGGUGAGGGGACUAGAAGUGCUCAAAAACUGAUGAAGAUUGCCCAAAAACAUAUAAAGGAUGACCCAAAUGAUUGGAAGGCCAAUGAGAUAGUGGGAUUAAUUUACCAAGUAAAGGGUGAGAUGUGGCAGGACAACGAGUGUCAUGCAAAAGCUUCAAGCAAUGAAGAGGAUGAUGAAUACCUCAAAAAUCUUGAUGAGCUUAUGUCUUUUCAGUAAAUAGUAACCUCCUACAGGGAUUCAAAAUUAUUUAGUGAGAAUAAAAUAUAUGUAACCAGGGACAAUAGUUAUUAUUUCUUAAAUGUUACUUGUUUUCCACCUUUUACUCAUAUGUUUGAGUUUUUUAAUUGUUAAAUUUACAGAAUAUCGUGUUGUUGAGUUUUUUCCCUAUGGGUUUUGGCUGUUGUUGUCUGGUCUAUCAAGACAGUGUCUUUCAAAAGAUUGCAUUCAAAUCUUUGGAAAGUGAAUGUGAAAAUGCUGACAAAUUGUGUAGUAAAGUAGUAUGUAGUCAGCAUUUAUAUACAUGUGACCUGCUGGUUCAUUGGAAUACCAUUUUAAUGCAAGAGUAAUGUAUAGGGAAUGCAUUGUAGGGAUGUUAGAUUUUUAAGUGCAAUUAUGGCUGGUGUUAGCAUGAGCUGUUUUGCUUUUACUAUAUUGUCAGUGAGAUUAGAUGAUUUCCUUGUAUUUCUUUGACAAAUAAAACAAUCUGAGGGAAGAAAAACUGCGGAAAUCAUGUACAGGGAAAUAUUUUUGUGUGCUUCGUGUGCUUACAAAAUAAGCACUUGUGGUAUAAGUUUGAACAAUAACUAAUCUCACUUAAACUUGCAAAUAAAAAUAUUACAAUCCAUCUAAUUGAGCAGUGGCAGUCCUGACUCACAAGGUACCCUAGGCGAGACCAGACAUAAGCAGCUAUGGUAAUUGUAUUAAAGCUAUUAAAGAAAGAAAAUGUUUUAAUAAUGUAACUAUCAAAUGAUAGGCCUAUUAUUUCUACUGUAAACUAUGCUGAAUUUAUCUGGUACAAAAUCUUUAACAAAUAGGGAGGCAACAUUAAAAUGAACAAUUAAAUUUAUACUAAAUUAAACAGAAUUUAAUGCAUACUAAAUACAACUAAUACAAAUAUUUAGUCGAAAGCAUAGUGUUAAAGCGCAGCAAUAACCUAAAUAUUUUCCUUCAAAAAAGAAGACGCAGUGACUUCAACACAUGGGCUCAAGUGAAUUGGUGGAUCAGUUAUUUGAACUGGUUCACUUACAUGAACAGAACAAACCAAUUCACUUGCAUAUUUUGGACUUCCCAAGAGAGCAAACAGAUUAAAGAUUUUUUGAUUUAUAGUGAAUAAGAACUUAAAUUUUGGUCUUUCAUCAUAUCGCUUCAGAAUACAAGAAUUAACAACAUGAUCACACGGGAAGUCUGCAUGUUGCUUCCAAAUGUUCUUGUACCCUGGCAUCGGCCACAUCAUGAUGAGUUACUGACAAGGGGCAUCUCCCGUCAGACAGUUUCGCAUCAGUUAAAACAUGUUUACCUUCACUUGUGGCAUGACCGGAAGUGCGCUGCAUUAGCAGCAUGGGAAACAUGGGCUCUUGUCCUGUGUUGAAACCAGAAAGCAAGAGGGCAUGCAAAAUGAUUGAUGAGUAUGAUUCGGAGGAUGCAUUUUCAAAACAACUCUUUUUUUGCACCCAUUUCUGGGCAUUUCUCCUGAAACCAGAGCUCCCACAUGCCCAUACGUUCAAAAACAGUUUUGCUUCGGCCACUGGGGGCAGUGCUUUGAAUUUCAGCAAGCAUAGACCAACCGCCAGGGUUGGGAGGGUUACUUUUGAAAUGUAUUCCACUACAGAUUACAGAAUACAUGCUGUAAAACGUAAUUUGUAAUGUAUUUCGUUAGAUUACUCAAGGUCAGUAACGUAUUAUAAAUACUUUGGAUUACUUCUUCAGCACUGGUAGAUUUUUUUACUUGUUUUGACUAUAAAGCAUCUAUCUAAUUUAUCUUGUUUUAAGGAUUUUUAGAUAUUUUUACAGGAAAACAAUACAAAAAUUAUUAUCAAGUAUAUUAUUUUUGCCCUAAUAUCAAAGUUCUUACUAGAAAAAAAGAAAUGAUGAUCCAACGUGAAUUUUCUUGAUAAAAAUAAUAUGAUUGUGUCUGGUAACGUGCUUGUAAAAUGGCUAGAAAUAGCAUUUUAGCUCAACGUAAAGCUGACAAUUUACACAAGGUUUAUUUCUAUUUCUUCUGCUCCAAACUUACUUCAGACUUACUUCUCUGUCUGCUCGUAUGAAUGUAACACAUCAUAAGAAAGUGUUUCACCGCUGUUCAAAUGCACUUUGGAUCGCAUCAUUUAUAUGGAUAAAUGUUUUCCAACUGUAUAGAUUAAAUAUUAAAUGAAACAAAUGACAAUAAAAUGCAAAGUAAUCUCUUCAGUAAUCAAAAUACUUUUUGAAUGUAACUGUAUUCUAAUUACCAAUGAUUUAAAUUGUAACUGAAGUGUAAUACAGUUAAUUUUAUUUUGUAUUUUAAAUACGUAUUCCUGUUACAUGUAUUUCGUUACUCCCCAACCCUGCCAACUGCACAUGUUUACUGGAGCAUGGUGCUCACCACAUGUCAGUGGACAUGUACCGCAAGUUUAGCUAAAGAAAAGUCAACCGUUUCCGAAUACACUGUGAGAUCAUUCUGGGAUUAAACCACUCAAGUUGUAUGGAUUACUUGUAUGCUGCCUGUAUGUCCUUUUUGGAGCUUGAAAGUUUAACUUACAUUAUAUGGACAAAAUCAUAGCAAAUUAUCUUUGU